CCUCUAUAUCAGAGGGGUUCCAUCUUCUCCAUCCUCUGCUCUUUCCCUGCAGCUCCGCUUCUAGUCAAAACCUUCUCCUCACAUUUUCUCUCUGAAAGAAACCAUCAUGAGUUUCACAUCCUUUCGAUCAUCCUCCGGAGGGGCAAGAAGAGGCUUCAGCUCUGGCUCUGCAAUAGUUGGUGGUGGUGGUGGUGGAAGAUCGGGUUUCAGCUCCUAUUCCGUUGCUCGGGUUGGAGGAGCAAGAGCUGGAGGAGGUGGCGGCGGCGGCCUUGGAGUCGGUGGAUUUGGCAGCCGAAGUCUGUACAACUUGGGUGGAAGCAAGCGCAUCUCGUACGGUGCCGGCAUGGGGGGCUUCCAACCCGGUUUCGUUGGAUAUGGCGCUGGUGGGGGAGCUGGGUUUGGUUAUGGUGUUGGUGCCGGUGGCGGUGGCGGCUUUGGUUUUGGCGGGCCUGGGAUGGGAGGUGCUGGUGGCUUUAUGGUAGGUGGAAGAGGUGGCCCAGGGUUCCCAGUUUGCCCACCCGGUGGCAUCCAAGAGGUGACCGUCAACCAGCACCUCCUACAACCCCUCAACCUUGAAAUUGACCCAGAGAUCCAAAGGGUCCGCACACAUGAGAGGGAACAGAUCAAGACACUCAACAACAAGUUUGCCUCCUUUAUUGACAAGGUCCGAUUCCUGGAACAGCAAAAUAAAGUCCUUGAAACCAAAUGGGACCUCUUACAACAGCAGGGGACAACUGUGCGACAAAACAGAGUUGAACCCAUGUUUGAGGGUUAUAUCAACAACCUCAGGAGGCAGCUUGAUUCUAUUUUGAAUGAACGGGGAAGACUGGACUCAGAACUGAGGAACAUGCAAGACAUGGUGGAAGACUUCAAGAACAAAUAUGAAGAUGAAAUCAACAAGCGUACCGGUGCAGAGAAUGAAUUCGUGGUGCUGAAGAAGGAUGUUGAUGGUGCCUAUAUGAACAAGAUUGAGCUCGGUAGCAAAGCAGAUUCUCUGAAUGAUGAAAUUCUGUUCCUGAAAAACCUGUUUGAGCUGGAACUAAGUAAUAUGCAGCAGCAGGUAUCAGAUACCUCUGUUGUGCUUUCAAUGGACAACAACAGAAGCCUGGACUUGAACAGCAUCAUUGCUGAAGUCAAGGCGCAGUAUGAAGACAUUGCCAACAGGAGCCGAACCGAGGCGGAAAGCUGGUAUCAAAGCAAGUAUGAAGAGCUACAGGUCUCUGCCGGACGCCACGGUGAUGACCUUCGCAACACCAAGACAGAAAUUUCUGAACUUAACCGGGUGAUCCAGAGGCUGCGAAGUGAAAUUGAUGCCGUGAAGAAACAUUGUGCCAAUCUACAGGCUGCCAUUGCUGAGGCUGAGGACCGCGGGGAGCUCGCCCUCAAGGAUGCCAGGCACAAACUGAAUGAGUUGGAGGAAGCCCUGCAAAGAACGAAGCAGGACCUGGCUCGGCAGCUCAAGGAGUACCAGGAGCUGAUGAACGUCAAACUGGCCCUGGACAUUGAAAUCGCCACCUACAGGAAGCUGAUAGAAGGAGAGGAAAUCAGGUUGUCAGAAGGCCCUGGAAAUGUGAGCUACUCUGUGGUCAGCAGCACCACCACCUCUGGCUACGCUGGCGGAAGUGGCCUUGCGUUAGGAGGAGGACACGGUGGCGGCAUGGGAGGAGGUUUUGGACUCGGAGGAGGUGGCGGCUAUGCGGUUGGAGGUGGCGGAAGCGGAUUCGGCGGCGGCUUCGGCAGCGGCGGCGGUGGCUUCGGCGGCGGCAGUGGCUACGGCGGCGGAGUCAGUAUGGGAGGUGGUAGCAGUUACAGCUCCGGCGGUGGCCGUAUCUCCUCAAGUGGAGGAGGAGGAAGCUCCAGUGUGAAAAUUGUAUCGAAAACCACUUCGAGCAAGAAAAGUGUCUAUUAA